GCCUUGAACCUGCGAGGCCGAAAUGAGGACAAAGUUCCCGAAUUACAACUUCCUGUUUCACCUCACUUCUCGUCGCAACCACUCAAAAGUGCGAGCGCAGAUUUCAGGAUGAGUAGAAGUCGCUGCCACAUUCUUCAAUGUUGUCAACUGAGAAAUGGCGCUUGUUCGCUUAACAUUCGCCACUUUUAAAAUCUAGAUUGUGUGAACGGUUGUGCUGUGACUCCGGCGAACAUGCCCGAGUCUUCGAAGAUGAGGAAGCCCGACGUGAAGGUGGUGCUUUUGGGCGACAUGAACGUGGGCAAGACGUCUCUUCUCCACAGGUACACGGAGAGGAAGUUUAAAGACACGGUCAGCACCGUCGGAGGGGCAUUCUUCCUCAAACAGUGGGGACCCUACAACGUGUCCAUAUGGGACACUGCCGGCCGGGAACAGUUCCACGGCCUGGGCUCCAUGUACUGUAGAGGCGCGGCAGCAGUCAUCCUCACCUACGAUGUCACCAACUGGCACAGCCUGGCCGAACUAGAGGAGCGCUUCCUGUCGUUGACGGACACCGCCAACCCCGACUGUAUUUACGCCGUGGUGGGCAACAAGGCCGACCUGACGGACACUGACGCCCGACUGCCUCCUGACAUGAGGGAAAAGGACCAAACAGAAUCAGAGGAUGUGCCGUCGGCUUGCCCAAGUUCGCCCGCCUCGCCCGUGUACGUCCCUGCCGUCACCUUCCCAAAACAAGUCACUCGCGAGGACGCCUUGGCAUUUUACGGGCGCAUCCUUCGCUACAAGGGCUCGGACGAGAGGACCAGCCUGCCGGCGGAGAAGAUGUGCUUCGAGACCAGCGCAAAAACCGGCUACAACGUGGAUGCUCUGUUCGAGGCGCUUUUUGAUUUUGUGCUACCUUCAAUUUUGAGGAAAAGGAAUGAGGAAUUGGAGUCCGCCACUGUGGAUUUGGAAGUUUGCAGGGGGAGCGGCAGCAAGCGGGUACGGUCGCGCUGCUGCUAGGACCCCACCAAAACUACCCACGGGAAGAGUUUUAUCACGUAACAACGGUACCCCUUUAUCUGUGAAUUUAUUCAUUCACUGCCAUUGAACUGGGAGAAAUUGCAGUGAAUUACCAUAUUUCAGUGCCACUGACGACGAUAGACGUCCCACCCAUUUACAUUGGAAUGGGCUGGCAGCGAUCGAUUUCAUUGGAUGUGACAUCUAUCGCCGUGGCAGCCGAUGAUCAACCUUAUCAUACUGUGAAGAAUUUCGUAAACUUAACAGCACUAAUGUUUAUGACACUGUAAUAAUACUGAAAUUGGAAUGUUUUCAUUGAUCAGACUGAAAUCUUUUGUUACCUUGUGAAUUUUUUAAAGGCACGCAACCAUGAUGAAUUCUUAAACCAGGUGUCAUAAUAAUAAAGAUUUUUAUUUUG